UUUGGCCGUCGACGGCUGAGGAAAUGGCGGCGGCUCAGGCCCUGGCGCUGCUGCUCCUGCUGCUGGGCCUUGCCGGCUGCUCAGCAGAGACGUGCACAGAGCCUACGAUUACCCCUUCUUACUACACUACCUCAGAUGCCGUCAUCUCCUCCGAGUCGGUCUUCAUAGUGGAGAUCUCCCUGACCUGCAAAAAUGGGGCACAGAAUGUCGCUCUCUAUGCUGAUGUCAACGGGAAGCAGUUUCCAGUUACCAGGGGCCAGGAUGUUGGGCGCUACCAGGUGUCCUGGAGUAUGGAGCACAAGAAUGCCCGGUCCGGCACCUACGAAGUCAAGUUCUUUGAUGAGGAAUCAUAUAGCCUCCUGAGGAAGGCUCAGAGGAACAAUGAAGACAUUUCGGACAUCAAACCACUGUUCACCGUCAACGUCGAUCACCGGGGAGCCUGGAACGGACCUUGGGUCUCCACGGAGGUGCUGGCAGCGGUGAUUGGCCUCAUGGUGUACUACAUGGCCUUCAGCGCCAAGAGCAACAUCCAGGCUUGAGAGGCUCCACGGACUUCUGGCUCCGGACGCAGCUGCCUACUCCGAGAGGCAGUCGGGGACAUUCCCGGUUAGGAGGAGUUUCAAAAACUCCUCCACGUGGCUUUUUCCACAAUAAAAUGUUUUAUAAGGUG